AAAACUCCAACUAAAAAACGAAACACAGCGCUGCCCCUGAACAUAUCAACUGCCCGGAAAACGUACCGGAGUUUGUCGCCGGCCACCGUAAAACCCUUGGCACUGACCAAUGGAGGUUGUUUUAGCAUCUUCCUCUGUUGAUGAUGGGAUAGGUUGUUGGGACAUUCAUACAGGUGCUGAACAGCCACGCUAUAAAUCAUGUUCUUCCCCUUUUCAUGGUCUAGUCUCUCUCGGUUCUCGCUUCCUUGCUUCUUCUCAGCUUCAACACUCAUCUUCUACCUCUGGCUCCGUUUUCUUCUGGUCCUUCUCAAAGCCUCAAGUUGAAGUUAAGAGCUUUCCUGUUGAACCUAUUAAGCCACUUGCUGGUAAUCACCAAGGGACCUAUCUAGCUGGUGGAGCUUUGUCAGGUGAUAUAUACUUGUGGGAGGUUGAGACUGGCAGAUUACUUAAGAAGUGGCAUGCUCAUUUAAGGGCCAUAACUUGCCUGGUAUUUUCUGAAGAUGACUCAUUGCUGAUAUCUGGUUCCGAAGAUGGAUAUGUAAGAGUUUGGUCUCUUUUCAGAUUAUUCGAAGAAUUGAGUAACUGGGAAGCAAAAAAUCUGUACGAGUAUAGUUUUUCAGAGCACACCAUGCGCGUAACUGAUGUUGUGAUUGGUUAUGGUGCAUCCAAUGCAAUUAUAGUUUCAGCAUCAGACGAUCGUACGUGUAAGGUAUGGAGUUUAUCUAGUGGAAGACUACUAAGAAGCAUAGUUUUCCCUUCAAUAAUUAAUUCCAUUGCAUUGGAUCCUGCUGAACAUGUGUUUUAUGCUGGGAGCAGUGAUGGAAAUAUAUAUAUAGCUGCACUUAACACUGAUAGAAUCACUACUACUAAUAACUAUGGGAAGCAUAUUAUUGGUUCAUUCUCUAAUCACAGUAAGACAGUUACUUGCUUAACAUAUGGCAAAGUUGGAGAUUUGUUGAUUUCUGGGUCUGAGGAUGGAAUAGUCCGUGCUUGGAACGCUAAAACUCGCAACAUUGUCCGCAUGUUUAAACAUGCUAAAGGUCCUAUAACUAAUGUUCUUGUUGUUAGACAAGAAAUUGACCCAAGUAAUCAUAUGUCUUCUAAUUUACAAGCAUCCACAAAAAAGAAGCCUUUAGAAAAGUAUGCAAAUUCAACAGAUGAAGAUUCUGAUGUGAAGACUGUUAUCAGCCUAGGGAGUAGCAGGGAAUGCAUGGAUGUUUCAUACCACAGUUCUAAUGUGAUAUCUAUUCACACUAAAGAACUUCAGCAACAAGGUUCAGCCGCUGCUUCUGAUAUCGAGAUAGAAAAACUAAAACAUGAGCACGAAAGGACAAUGAAGAUGGCUAACCAAUGGAAGAAAAUGUAUGAAAACUUACAUCAAUUCGGUAUAAAGGAACUAUUAGAUGGUGAUCAAAUAAGAACCUUAUGAAGAUGACAAAUAAGACGUGUUUUUUCCAGCAAGAUACAUGUUCAAUUUUGAGGUAGAUUUUGUAUAUCUUUAGCAUUACAAGCUAACAUUAUGCUAUUUUGUUACGCUUCCUUAUUUUCUCGGUUCCUUAUGAAUAUGUAUUUCCCCCUAAGUUGUACUUUAUGAAUCUUCAUCCUUUUAUUGAUACGCGACAACAUUCAAGGAAGGGAAGAUCUUUCCACACCCCGGAUAUCACCUCAGAUGUACGCAUUUAGAAAUAAUAUGAAUUUUAUACUAUGUA